AAACAAUUCAAGUACGUAGACUCAUAGAAGUUUAAUUACAAACACCCGAGGUGGGCCAAUCAACGUCAACACGUAGAGUCCAGAUUCGGUAUAGCCAACAUCUUUCAUAUCUCACUGCGUUAACCUCCAUUCUAUGCGCUUAUCAUUGCUGUGUUGUCUGAGAUACAUAUACAGCUACUGGGUAGAUAUUAGGUAGGUAGCUUCGGGGAAUGACACCGGGCUACUCCGUAGGAAGCGGGGGAAUAUUCCGAACCAACAGACCCAUCUGCAACCCGAACCGGUCAAUCUGAGAUGGCCGUCUACAACUCGCCAAUCUCUUACUCAGUACUCACAGUAGUACUACCAGACAUCAUGUCUUCCGGUAAGCCAAUUUCGAUCUCCAUCCAGCCCCUCAACUACGCCGACAUCCCCGCCUGCGCCCGCAUUACCUCAUCGGCUUUCUCCGUCGACCCCCACACUAUCGUAAAGCAAUUAGGCCGGAAGCCUUUCGAUAUGUACGACAUCUCCCGUUCCGGCUUCUUAGACACUCUCUACAGGAAAACGUACAUCUACGUCAAAGCCGUGGAUGACGAAACGGGCGAAAUCGUUGGGCACGCCGGGUGGGCAUUUAGGGGCUUGGAUCCGGCGCUAGUCCCGUGGAAUGGACCCGGAGACACGAAGCCGGCGGGGGAAGAGCGAGAGCAACGACAAACGAGGAAUGACGAAACGGAAAAAAGGGACGAGGAUGAGGACGCGGAGGGAAAGGAGAAAAACUCUAUCGAUCGUCUCCACGCCCUUGAAGACGCUGACAUGCAAUUCUGGCUAUCUGAUCUGGUCCCCUCGGACACGCCUUGCAUCUUCGUUAUUGGCCUUACCGUGUCACCUUCGCACCAAUCCCGAGGUGUGGGUACUGCCCUGCUACGAUACGGGAAUGCUAUCGCCGACGACCUAGGCCUCUCCACAUGGGUACACUCGUCGCAUCAGGCGUACGAAGCGUAUAAGAAAUUUGGAUUCGAGACCACGAGAGAGUUAGAUAUAGACUUGGACGAGUAUGCACCGAGGGGACCGACAGAGGGAGAAGAAGUAAUGGGAAAGAAAGGGAGCGGGAAGUGGGGGAGGUAUGUUAUUAGGUAGUAUAUGAGGAGGAUACCAAAGAAAUCGGAUGAUUUAAAAAGUACAUAAGGUAGGUAACCUAGGUAAAUCCACGAAGUAUUAAACCUCAUUUUAAAUCAGACCGUGGUGCGUCUAAUUCAUACCCCACCAAUGAAAUACCUCGACGUGAAACUCCACUUUCCCAUUAUAGCACAUUAAUAUUUAGGAGAUACGAAUGAGUAGAAAG